AUGGAUUGGUUGGGAAAGUAUGAAGCCAAGAUUAACUGUGCAGCUGAAAAGGUUACUUUGAAUAGCCCAAGUAAAACUAGAGUGACUUAUAGAAAGGAAGGGAAGGGUUCAAGGAUGAGAAUUAUUUCUGCAAUGCAACUACAGAAGUUUGUUAAGAAGGGUUAUCCUUUGUUAAUGUGUACUGUUCAAGAAGUUGGAAGUGAGGAAGAGAAUGAGAUUCCUAGUAUGCCACCAGUGAGGGACGUUAAGUUCACUAUCGACCUAGUGCCUGGUAUUGGACCUAUUUCGAAGGCUCCAUAUAAGAUGGCUCUAGCUAAGAUGAAAGAGUUGAAGACUCAGUUGGAUGAUUUGUUGGAGAAAGGCUACAUUCAACCUAGUUCCUCACCUUGGGGAGCUCUAGUUAAGGAUUUGUUGGAGAAAGGCUAUAUUUGUGGAGAAAGGCUACAUUUGACCUAG